AUGACGAAGCCGCCCGGCCGGGUGCUCUUCCUGCUCGCCCUGUGGACCUGCCUGUGCCUAGCUGAUGGAUGCGGGCCGGGCCCCGGCUACGGCGUCCGGUCCAGGCCCAGGAAGCUGACGCCCAUGCACUACAAGCAGUUUUCCCCCAACUUCUCCGAGAACAACCUGGGGGCCAGCGGGAGGGCAGAGGGCAAGAUCACCAGGAACUCUGAGCGCUUCAAUCAGCUGGUGUGCAACUACAACCCGGAUGUUGUGUUCAAAGAUGAGGAGAACACAAACGCUGACCGCUUCAUGAGUAAGCGCUGUAAGGAGUGUUUGAACAGGCUGGCCAUAGCAGUGAUGAACCAGUGGCCCGGCGUGCACCUCCGGGUGACAGAGGCCUGGGAUGAGGAUGGUCACCACCCUGCCGGAUCUCUGCACUAUGAAGGUCGAGCUGUAGACAUCACAACGGACGACAGAGACACAGACAAAUAUGGUCUGCUUGCUCAGCUGGCUGUGGAGGCGGGCUUUGACUGGGUCCACUAUGAGUCCAAAUAUCACAUCCACUGCUCUGUAAAAGCUGACCACUCAGUUGCGGUGGAAAAAGGAGGCUGUUUCCCCGGCUGGGCCAGGGUGAAUGUUGCUGGAGGAGGGCAGAAGAGCAUGUCAUCACUAAAUCUUGGAGACAAAGUGAUGGCCUUAUCUUCAACAGGCCAAAUAGUAUUUAGUUCAAUCUUGUUCUUUCUGCACCGAGACCUGGAAGCCCAGGUCACCAUUCUGUCUCUGGAGACAGAAGACGGCUAUCGAUUGGCUGUCACGCCAAACCACCUAGUUUUCUUAGAUCAAGACUGUUCAAUGGACAACAGUAAGUACCAAGCACGAUUUGCCAGCAGAGCCAGAGCCUACUACUGCGUUUUGAUCCACCGAUCAGACGGUCAGAUACGUCCGUCUCGAAUCACUUCCCUUUUAGUACAAGAGACUAUGGGAGUGUACGCACCUUUGACACAAGAUGGAACUUUGUUUGUGGACGGGGUGCUCGUGUCCAGCUACGCGCUAGUGGAAGGGCACACACUGGCACAUUGGGCGUUUGGGCCUCUGCGACUCAUCUUCUCAUUCAAGCAAUUCCUUUGGGGAGAAGGCACAAUGCAGGAGCAUACAACUUGCACUAACACAACUUCUAUUCAUUGUAACAAAUGUUUCGAUGUAAGUGUAAGUUCUCUGAUCAGACAUCAGGAAGUGGAGGAAGCUCGGAUAAUAGAAAUGAAAGAGAAACUGCAUCAUCAAACAUCGAAUGUGCACUGGUAUGCUCGAGUAUUGUACAGUUUGGGAUCUAUCAUUUUAGACUCCAGCUCUUUCCAUUCUUAG